UUGUCAAACUUGGAUUACCGUACUUCAUGACUAUGCCUUACCCAGUUUCCCGGCUCGCUUCAACUCAGUUCCUGUAACUUUAGAUAGCGACGCAUCCAGGUUCGAGGAGCUGGGAUGGCGGAGAAGAGCCCUGACUCCAACGGCUCAGUUGACCAGUGUCCCGCCCUGUCUCCGGAACAGAGAAUGCAGUCAGCUGGGAUCGGGGCAUCCAAAUGGGUCCGUCUGAAUGUCGGUGGGACAUACUUUCUCACAACGAGGCAAACGUUGUGCCGAGACUCAAAAUCAUUCCUGUACCGUCUGUGCCAGGCCGAUCCCGACCUCGACUCUGACAAGGAUGAAACGGGUGCCUAUUUGAUAGACCGGGACCCAACAUACUUUGGUCCAGUGCUCAACUACCUGAGGCAUGGGAAACUGGUGCUCAAUAGAGGCCUUGCCGAGGAAGGUGUACUGGAAGAGGCUGAAUUCUACAAUAUCCCUUCUUUGAUCAAGCUAAUUAAAGACAAAAUCAGGGAGAGGGACUGCAAAACAGUUCAGCUCCCUAUAAAACAUGUCUAUAGAGUCUUGCAGUGCCAAGAAGAGGAGCUAACACAAAUGGUUUCCACCAUGUCAGAUGGUUGGAAGUUUGAACAGUCCCUUAGAAACAUUUCCCUUCUCAUUGGGCAUUGGUUCCCCCCUUUUCCCCCCCCCCCUCAGUUGGUCAGUAUUGGCUCCUCAUAUAACUAUGGAAACGAAGACCAGGCAGAGUUCCUGUGUGUUGUCUCUAAGGAGCUACAUAACCAAUCAUACGGCACAAGCAGUGAACCAAGUGAAAAGGCCAAGAUUCUUCAAGAACAAGGCUCUCGAAUGUGAAGAGACUGUUCAGUUUUAGGAUUGCGUCCUGCUAUGAUGUCCAGAUAUAAAGACACAAACUACAUCACAUUCUGAGGAGCGUUAUGGCAUGCUGAAGAAGCUGGCUAACUGCAGUCUAUACAUUGUACACACCAUUUUUCUUUCAGAUAUCAAAUCAAAAUGUGCAAUUGAUAGCAUUACUCUGUUUUUGGGCCUACAUAGUAAAACUGGACUGUAGAUUUUCACACAGAGAGAAGGGCCUUAUCACUUAUCAUAUUGUCCACAGCAUUUAUACUUGGUCCAUCAAUUAUUUACUCAGGGUCUCUAAUAGUGUUUUGGAAGAUGCAUUAGGUGUGCACUGUCUGGUGGGACAUUAUUUCAAACAUCUGUGCGUACUACAUUAUGCCAGUCCUUCACAUACAAAAAUCAAACCUCUGAGAAAUUAAUUGGAAAGCAUGUUUUAAAAGUUAGAUAUUUAAGACUAUUUAUAUGGAGUUGUAUAGAUUCAUACUGUCUUGUUAGAGCCGAAGACUAUCGACAGUUUUUAUUUAUUUUAAACCGAGAUUAUUUAUGUCCCUUUCCAAAUAUCCCUUCAACCUGCACAUGAUCAGUUUUUUGGAAGGAGGACAUUCUUAUAACUACUUCUACCAGGGUUCUUGUAUGAUAAUGAUGUUGGGGAUGCCAGAUGUUUAAAGGACUAAAACUUGUCUUCCAUCCCUGGACUCUGGCGGGUUUUAGUUGGGUUACCUGUUACGCAGCCACUGUGGAACUGGAACACAUUGUUACAUUUUAGAGGACAUUAUACCUAGAGCCAUUUGAUAGGCACAUUUUUUUUUCACAUUGACAUAUGACAGUGACUGUUAUCGGCUGAUGUUGCGAAGGGCCUGUUUUCCAUUUUACGUGAGAAAGAAAAUCGUUUUUUGUCUCUUGCAUGAAUUAGUGCAUAUCUGCUUGUUUGUGUGUGUAUACACAAUCCUUACGCUUCUGCGGUUUAACUAUAUUGAGCUUUGAUAGGGCUGUAUACCAAGCAAAAUUACACCAAACUCUGGCGGUUUGCAAUCAUGCAAGUUCUGAGCUAAAAUGCUUUGGUGAUGUAUUGAUGAAAAGAUUGGAAAUUAUAAUUUGUAGUCAUUACCAUUGUUCAACUUGUAGAUGGUUGAGCUACUUAUUGAAUACAUUAACAUUGUCAGUACAUGAAAACAUUUCUUUUUGAAAAUGUUGCCUUUGUUCAAUGACCAAAUCAAUGUCAGAAUUUCAACUUUAAUCUGAAUUUCUUUUGUCAGGGAUAAGGAAGUUCGGUAGACAACAUGCAUAUCUAUGAGGAUUUGUACAUAGAGGAAGUAUAAUAAUAUUCAGAUGUGUUAUCAGUGUAUGCUUUUUCUUCCUAACACACACACACAGGGCUUUAACUAGUGGAAUACAAGCUAUAAUCUCUGUAAAGGUCAACUGGACCCCUCCUGUUGCCUGAUCAAGGUAAAGUUUACAUGUCUAGUGUUUUAUAAUCCGGAUCUUACUUACCUUGCCAUUGUGACACAAUGCUCUAAUUUGGCUGGUUUAAACAUCUGUAUAUUACUAUGUUUACAUAUCCCAGAUACCCAGGUAGUUGCUGCCAUUUAUCUAGUACACAGAUGGAUAGUUUUCCAACAUUUUCCGUGGACAGGUUUUUUCUUGUUCACUGAGUUGUUUUGUGGUGAUAAGUGCCUCUUGCCUCUGAGGCUUCACAGUGCAUGUGAAAUCUGUGUAGCAGUGAUGCCCAUAACCACAAGGGUGCAUUGUUUGUGUCCACCCUGCAGUGACUGAAGACAUGCGUGUCUAGUGUGGUGUCCUUUGACUGCAGAUUCUUAAACACAGAAGGGGGUGUCAGCCAUUGCAUGCAUGGCCUUAUUCACCUUCCACCAUGCCCUCAGCUCUGCAGGACACCACUUCACUCCACUGUGACACUUCAGCUCCUGUUUGACCGUUAUUUUCUAGAAUGCUUAUCAAGACACAUGUGAUCCCUCUGAGGCUGCUGUGGGUUUAUAAUGGGACAUUGUUCCAGUUUUCUGUUAAAUGUAUUUUUAAAAUGAACAGGCAGACAAUUGUUAUUUUCUCACUGCUGUUCCUAUAUAUUAGUAUCAAAUGUUUUUGUAUUUUUUAUCCUUACUGUAUAUACAUACUAUAUUAUAUACAUGUAAUAGCAUGUUUUGACUGGGGAUAAUGGAAAUUAUGGUGAUGCUAGACCUGGUGGAUUUAAUCAAUAAAUGGUAAUGAAUUCAA